GCAGAGGUUGAGUACGGGUUACUUCCUAAACAAGGAAAAGCAUGAAGCUUUUGAUUCUGGUCGCUCUGUUUGGGUUGGGCUUCGCCCAGCACAAUCCUCAUACCAAGCAUGGAAGGACGGCCAUUGUCCACUUGUUUGAGUGGCGCUGGGCUGACAUCGCUGCAGAGUGUGAGCGCUACUUGGGUCCCAAAGGAUUUGGUGGUGUUCAGAUCUCUCCUCCAAAUGAGCACAUUGUGGUGACCAGUCCCUGGCACCCCUGGUGGCAGAGAUACCAGCCAAUUGGGUACAAUCUGUGCUCCAGAUCUGGCAAUGAGAAUGAGCUGAGAGACAUGAUCACCAGAUGCAACAAUGUUGGGGUCAAUAUCUACGUGGAUGCUGUCAUCAACCACAUGUGUGGAUCUGGUGGUGGAGAGGGAACCCACUCCUCAUGUGGCAGCUGGUUCAGUGCAAACAGGAAGGACUUCCCCAGUGUCCCGUUCUCCUCCUGGGACUUCAAUGACCACAAAUGCAAAACAGGCAGUGGCAACAUUGAGAACUAUGGUGAUGCCAAUCAGGUGCGUGACUGUCGUCUGGUUAGUCUGUUGGAUCUUGCCCUUGAGAGAGAUUACGUCAGAGGAAAGGUGGCUGAUUUCAUGAACAAGCUGAUUGACAUGGGCGUGGCAGGAUUCAGAGUGGACGCCUGCAAACACAUGUGGCCCGGCGACCUGGAUAAUGUUUAUCGCCGUCUUCACAACCUCAACACCAAGUGGUUCGGCGGUGGCUCCAGACCUUUCAUUUACCAGGAGGUUAUUGAUCUGGGAGGUGAGCCCAUCACAUCUCGAGAGUAUUUCCAUCUGGGAAGAGUGACUGAGUUCAAGCAUAGUGCCAGACUGGGAAGCAUUUUCAGAAAAUGGAAUGGCGAGAAGUUGUCUUUCACCAAGAACUGGGGAGAGGGAUGGGGUUUCAUGCCCGACGGCAACGCCUUCGUCUUUGUUGACAACCACGACAACCAGAGAGGCCACGGUGCUGGUGGUGCGUCCAUCGUUACCUUCUGGGACGCCAGACUCCACAAGAUGGCUGUAUCGUACAUGCUGGCCCACCCUUACGGAGUGACCAGGGUCAUGUCCAGCUACCGCUGGAACCGCCACAUCGUGAAUGGAAAAGAUCAAAAUGACUGGAUGGGCCCUCCAAGCCACGGUGAUGGAUCCACCAAGUCUGUUCCCAUCAACCCAGACCAGACUUGUGGGGAUGGAUGGGUCUGUGAGCACAGAUGGCGUCAGAUCACAAACAUGGUGAUGUUCCGUAACGUGGUCAACGGACAGCCUCACUCCAACUGGUGGGACAACCAGAGCAACCAGGUUGCUUUUGGACGCGGAAAUCGCGGUUUCAUCGUCUUUAAUAAUGAUGACUGGAACCUGGAUGUGACCCUGAACACUGGCAUGCCCGGCGGCACCUACUGUGAUGUCAUUUCUGGCCAGAAGGAAGGAAGCGGCUGCACUGGGAAGCAGAUCCAUGUUGGGGGUGAUGGCCGCGCACACUUCAAGAUCAGCAACACAGAGGAGGACCCCUUCAUUGCCAUUCAUGCUGAAUCCAAGCUGUAAACUGCAAAUUUAAAAAUAAAUCUUACUUGAACGAUCA